AAGGAUGAUGAUGAUGAUAAGGAUGAUGAUGAUGAUUAGGAUGAUGAUGAUGAUGGUUAAUUUAGUAACAUGAUCCAGAUAAACUCAAUGAACUUGGACCAGAAACCAGGUUUACUGAGGAAAACCCGGAUCAGUCUAUGUGAAUGGCAUGUUUACUGCUGUGUAAACACAGAUUAUUAUUGUUAUGAUUAUUAUAUUAUUAUAACAUAACUGCUGUUUCUGAAUUAUGAAACGGGUGUUAUUAUGAAGUCACAGUUUGAACCUCUUCAAUCAAUACUUACAGUUCAGUAAUGAAAGUAACUCAACAUCGAGUUCAGCAGGAUUCUCUCAUGUGACUCUGUGGAAGUCGGAAUCAUUUUACAUGUGAAUAAAACAUCUGGAGUCAGAAUGAAACUGUUUUGUGUCUGUUUUUUGAUUGGAGGAGAGAAGAAGAACGAUAUAACAGCUGAUUAGAACCUUUUUCUGAGAGAUAAUCCUGAACCUGAUCCUCUGCUGUAUGUCAGGCCGCUUCCUGGAGAUGCACAUGUACAUGACGUCAGCGCUCAGUAAGAACGACAUGAAGGCCAUCGGCCUGCAGAUGGCGCUGGACCUGCUGGCCGAGAAGGAGAAGAAGGACUCCAUCACCGGACUGAGGACCAGGACUCAACCUGGACGCCCUGAGUGGGGGAAGGUGUUCCAGAAGAUGUCGGAGGAGAACAAAGGGAAAGUCCAUGUGUUCUACUGCGGCUCUAUGGCUCUGGCUAAAGUCAUCAAGGCUGAAUGUGAACACUUCAGCUUCAACUUCUACAAGGAGAACUUCUGAGGCGGGGUGUGUGUGUGUCUGUAUGUAACACAAGUAGAUGAACAACAGUAGAUGAACAACAGUAGAAGAACAACAGAAGAACAGUAGAAGAAGAACAACACCAGUAGAUGAACAACACCAUUAUAAGAAGAACCAGAUAAUCAUUUCUUAACACCAGUAGAAGAACAACAGUAGAUGGACACCAGUAGAUGAACAACAGUAGAAGAACUACAGUAGAAGAACACCAGUAUAUGAACAACACCAGGAGAAGAAGAACCAGAUAAUCCUUUCUUAACACCAGUAGAAGAACAACAGUAGAUGAACACCAGUAGAUGAACAGUAGAUGAACACCAGUAGAUGAACAUCAGUAGAUGAACAACAGUAGAAGAACACCAGUAGAAGAACAGUGUUUAAACCUCACUGGUUGUACUGGUCUGGUUGUACUGGUCUGGUUGUACUGGUCUGAUUGUACUGGUCUGGUUUUACUGGUCUGGUUGUACUGGUCUCAUAUCUCAUAUUGUUUAUGUUUAUGUUGAGAUGAUUUAUUAAUAUCUGAAUAUAGAGAUGAAUUCAUUCCCUCUGAUCUUUGACACUCAUCACAGUUCAGGUUCAUUAAAUGUUUAUUGAAA